UGACACUAUGAAGAGCGCUUCUGAAUUCUGGAGUGGGAGAUAGAGAGAGAGUGACUCGCGCCUCCACUCGCGAGCGCGCUUCUGCUCCACUUCAAUGAUGUCUCCCUCGCGCGUGGCUGGCUGGGCUGUACUGCAGGUUUAACAAUGCAAAUUCAACCAAAAUCCUUCCAAGUACCCCCAGGACCUCAGCUGCCUCAAGAGUUUCUUGAGGGCUGGAUGGACAACGACAAAAUUAUUCAAGUGAAGAUCAAGCAUCGAAGUCACACUGAGUUCAUUCUAUCAGUGUGCUUAAUUGCCCAGAAGUAAUCAGCGGCAUCAGGUUUAGGGCAUGCACUGUUCACAUUAAAGGAAUGAACUGUGCUUUCCAGCAAAAGGAGGUGGAUCCAAAGGGAUGUAAUGUUAUUGCUUUGUGUUGACAGAUGCUGUGACCCUUUUUAAGAUAUUGGCUUUAAAUGUAUUCACAUUUUUUGUGACACUUUUAUCAUUCGGAGACCCCAGUCUGAGACACUGACCAAUUUUUAAGAUGGUGCUGAGUUGGAACUCUAUUGGAAAUCUGACGAGCAGCCAAAUGCUUCAAUAGAACACUUGUACUGUUCAUUUUUGCCACCUUAGGAUGCCCUGACCUAUGAACUUUGACCCCCCCAUGAACACAUUUCCUCAUUAGCAUGUACUGUUAUUGUCAAGAGUACAAGCUAGUUUAAAAAUGUCAAUGGGUUAUUACGUCUCAGAGUGUAUUUGGUUCCACGGAGCAUUACUGUACCUAAAAUAAGAAAUGAAAAGCUUGAUUUUAAUUGAAUUAAUAAUCCUAUGAGUGGAUUAUUUCUGAGCAAUCAUAAAAUGUAGAUUGCUUUAGUGUCUUAAAAAGGAAAAUCCAUUGAUGACUGGUACCGACUUAUUCCAUAACCUUUCCUUCCAGGUUCCCUCAAAUGGAGGUCUCUAAAGAGGACAUGAGGGAAAACUUGAGCUGUGAAAAAUGACAUGUAGGGUGAAAGACACCAUCCCGUCAUGGCUCACCCCUCCACGGAUGUAUGAUGGGCCCCUCAAGCCUUCUGGUUUUCAGAAUGGAAGGGAACAAGAGAUGUUGCAUCCUGGACCCUCAGCUCAACACAUCCACAACAAGAAGGAUUUAGAAACAAGUACUACUGCAUCUUCACCAGCGUUGCCAUUAACAGGCCUGCAGAAAAGCACCAAAAAUUUGCAGAUCAAGCAGAUAAUACUGCUCAGAUCUAAGAAAGACUCCAGUAGGACAUCUGAGGAACAGACAAAGUCUGCCAGAUUCACUUCCACCAUCUCUAUCAGUCUUCCCAACAGAAGACACAAAAAAGACACAACAGAGGAAAAAACGUUGCAAGGCACGACUAAUCUUAACAACACACUUGAAGUGGUGAAGAACACAGCUAAUCAACACAACACAGAGCUAAGGGACGUGUUUUCACCAACAGAGAAAUGUGGCAAAUCAACUGGUGAAUUAUUUAAGGAUGAGGAUGGGCCAAAAGCAACCUUUGAUGGAGACAGCUUUACCACUCUGCAUCAACAUGUACAUAACACACCUAAGCAGGGACAAAAUACAGGAAUACAGCAAAACAUAGGCCUUUAUGAACAAACUCAAAUAAUCCACGACUCACAAAGACAUUCUACUCAACCUGUUUGUGAGGUAGAAACAGAAGUCAUCAAGGAUUUUGGAUCCAACGACUGUAGAGAGAAUGCUCCAACAUCUCCACAGUACCACAGUAAUCUGACCUCCAUAGGAGUGGACAGUGGACUAAAAGCAAGCACUGAUUCCCAUCUUUUUGCAUGCCAUGCAGAAGUGCUAAACCAGGUCUUGUCAUUAUCCUCUUUCACUGCACCGGAUUCUGAAAACACUUCUGAGCCAGAACCUAGUCUUUUCAAUCCUUCAUCAGCUAUGUUGACGUCUGCCCUGGCCUCAGUUCUUGCUCCACCUUGGAGUGGCCGCCUUCGAAGACCCAAGCAAGGCAGCAAUGACGUAGAGCAUGUACCCCAAGAUUGUGGACAAAAUGUCAACACAUCUAGCUUAUUUCGCCAGGAUCGGCAGCAAUCACUGUUUCUGCCUUCCCAAAGGCAACCAUCUGAACACAUAUUGGCCAAUAACAAUGAAAUGCUGUCAACUGCUGGAACCGGCUUUAACUCUCCUGAUUGGCAAAAAGAGAACAAUUCCCCAAAUGUCACAACCACAGUACAGCCAAAGAGACCCAUUUUGAAAUCCUCCUCUGUGAGCACGAUGUACAACAAUACAGAAUUGCACCCUUUUUCCACACCUAUGGACACUCAUCAGGUACCAAUUUCAGGGUACAGAAUAUCCCAAACUGAAGAUGAAUAUGAGCCUUUCAAAUCAUUGAGCUCCAAGCCAACAACAAGCAGCCUGCUUCUUUCGUUAAGGAGGACAAAUUUGAGAAACUCUAGUGCUGAAUCCACACAAACGCAGACUCCGAUAACUAGGUCUGUUAGGUCCCUUACAAUGCCUAGCAGAAUUGUUUUGAAAACUCAAUCAUUUGCCCAAACUGUUACCGGUGAGGACCAAACCGCCAAAUACCCAGACACACCUACAAGAACAGAGGAAAUACCAGUCAGUCAAUUCCCUUUCUCUCCUAGAAUUAAGAGUAGAGAGCCGUUAAGGACACCACUGUUUCUAAACAAACCGGAGACAGAAAUUUCAAAGAGACUAGAAGCUUCUGUUGCCAGAGCAGAGGAGGAACUUUUCCCACAAUCCACGACCAAAACAGGCCAAAUUGGGGUCAAAGCUCAACAGAGCUCUUAUUCAGUUCUUUUGAGGAAAUAUUCCAGUACAGAGGACAUUAAUCCAGUGGAAAAAAGUACUGUUAAAGACACCAACCUGCAAAACUUCAGUAUUACCAAACCAAAAAUAACUGCACACACCACAAUUUCUCCCAAAGACUCAACAAAUUUUAAUGUUCAACAAUCAGACUUUAAUGUUCAAAACAUAAUAUCACAAAGCUCACAAAAUAUAACAGCCAGAAAUUCUUCAGGCACAAGCACCUUCACAGACAGUCUUAACUACUCACCCAGGAAAGACUCUUCUGUAGAUGAAAUAAGCCCAGCAUCUGUGGGACAGAUAUAUCUGGACUCUAAGAAACAUUCUCAGUCAAGUCAAAGCUCAAUGGAUCUUUCAAGCCCUCUUUCUCCAAGCAGACCUCUCAGAAGUGUCAGAGUACCAAGCAUCUAUUCAUACCUUCGAGAGUCCAGCCCAGCUGUGUCCACCCCUUUCCCUUCCACCCCUUCUCCCCACAUACAGAGACCUGAAACAUUGCCUCCAAAGCAAGAUGGAGGCAUAACACUGCAGGGUGACCAGAAGACAUUUCCCUCAAGAUUUUCGUUCGACAACCCAUUUGUACCAGAGGUACAAGCAUUACAAAGAAGUUCUUAUGGCUCCAGCACUCAUAUAGCCCCAGCUCAAUCUCUGCCUCCUGAUUUUGGAAGAGGAUCAGCACCUCGUCUCAGCACUUCUCCAUAUUCUAGCCUCAUCUCCUCAAGACCUGCACUCAAUAACACUUCACAAGGACUGUCUUCUCCACCUGCCUCUAAAACACAUUCAAGAUCUACAUCUUAUGAUAUUGUAACCACUCAAGCUGACCAUAUAAAAGGUGACCCAAGCUCUUCACUAUCCACAUACACAAGGAUAACAAGGAGAUCAAAGGAACAGUUAGCUUCUCCUAACAGAGAACAGAGGACAGCAGUUCAAGCUUAUACAAGCACCCUAGAUAAUCACAGACCUGCCCAGCCAUGCCUCUCACAAACCUCACCAGAUGCAAGUUUUGUCAUGGAAAGCCAAAGCGCAAAAAUAAAUCCACACCCAAGGCAACCCAAUACAGGCUCUAACAACUUCCCUUGUCAGGAACAUGAUGGCUUGACUGCACUUCAGGAUGAUAAGGGUAAUGCUUACCCCAAGCAAAGACUUAGUGAGAAAGAGAAGUAUUUACUACAUAAUAAGCUCACAGUAAAAAGUGAGACUCCACUUACAGCUGAGAAAGAGACUACAGCUGUGCAUAAUCAUGAGAGACUGCAGGAAAUGCAGAGUCGCAAUUCAAAGAAAGGCCUCUUUGCUUCACGAGUUAAGAAAGACAAUGCCUUCUCUUCUGCGUCUUUGCCAGACAAAGAGGUUGUUAGUCCCCAGUAUUUAAAAACCAAAAGACAUUCCCCAGAGUUUAAAACAAGCAGCAGGAUCGACCAGAUAUUAAAUCGCUUGAAACUGACAUUUGGUGUCAAACGUUCAGACAGCACACUUGACACAAUCACGAAAAAGUACAAGUCCCCCACCCAACAACUCUCAGACACUGAGACUUUUGAAAAAUCCAAGACUGAGGAGAAAACAUAUUCUGGAAGCCAACGGGAGCUCUCUAACUCCGCUUUAACAAUCGAUAAAGCCUCUUUUUGUUCCUUGCCACCACUAACAUUGAAGAAAUCUGAGAAUACAUUAAAUAUGGAUUCACAAAGCAGUUCGACAACUGAACAAAAGUCUUCUGGGUGCACGUGGGAGGCCCCCAACUCAAAUUUGAUCACUGAUAAAGCGGAUUUUGCCAGUUUUGGGUCCUUGUCACCACUAACGUUAAAGAAAUCUGAGAAUAUAUUAAAUAUGGAUUGGCAAAACAGGUCCACAACUGAACAAAAGACUUCUGGGUGCACGUGGGAAGUCCCCAACUCACAUUUGACCACUGAUAAAACGUAUUUUGCCAGUUUUGGGUCCUUGUCACCACUAACGUUAAAGAAAUCUGAGAAUACAUUAAAUAUGGAUUGGCAAAACAGGUCCACAACUGAACAAAAGACUUCUAGGUGCACGUGGGAGGCCCCCAACUCAAAUUUGACCACUGAUAAAACGUAUUUUGCCAGUUUUAGGUCCUUGUCACCCUUAAAUUUAAAGAAAUCAUCUGAGAAUGUUGGUCAGCUAAAGAGGCAUAGCGAUGAAACUGGAAAAUGGUCUUACAGCAGGAGCUCUAGUCCGCACAGACUAAAGGCCCAAAGUAUGAUCCGUUCUGCCACCUUGCCACAUUACAAAAAAUCCCCCGUCGGUCCUCCAUCACCCUUUUAUUUGUUUGAUUUUGAUUCAGAAGACAUUCAGAAUGACAACGUGUUUUAUAGUCCAGUGAGCAAAAAAACUAAUUCUCUUUGUGAGUCUGAGGACUUCUCUCUGUUGAGCUCCACCAAGAGGGCAGCGCAGCAAAACCUUGUGAGGUCUCGAUUGUCCUCGUCCUGUGCAGACUUAAAGUAUGGUCUGCACAAUGGACGAUCUUACUCAGUCAGCAGUGUAGUUUCAAGCCGGCCAUCAGGUCCUGGACGAAUCUCAACAAGCAGCAUCAGCGACCUCUCAAGUUUGGAUGACUUUGCGCCAAAGGAGAAUUAUACAUUUGACUCUCCAGUGAGUAGUAACUAUUCCCCAAGCUAUGAUCCCAAAUCUGUCUGUGAUAAACAGUCUCAAUCUGGAUAUACAGAUAAUCUUCUUGAUAAUGAUGAUGCAGACCCAACCCCACCUCCAUCACCAACUUUGUCCUCUUCACCUCGCCGGAUAUCCCAGGCUCCUGCUAUGUCUUCCCUCAUGAGGACAACUUCAGAAAAUCUGUCUCCUCCUCGAGGUAUCCUGCCAUCUAGGAGCUACACAACCAGCUUGACUGUUUUUGAGGAGUCUGGUUCUGACACUACAACUGAUGAUGAAUACUAUGUUGACAAUGGUGAUGAGGAUGAGGUAGAAACAGAACUUUAGAGGAGAAAAUUAUGUGUUGUGUUGUUCAGUUCCAUGUUUUAGAUGUGUUUACGUGUACUGGACAUGGAAAAGCUGCAGCAAAAUUAGGCCUCCGUUAUAAAAUUAUAAAAGCAACUAGGAAUCCAUGAUAUAUAUUAAUAUAAGGAAUUAUAGUUAUAUCAGAAUUAUAAGAACUUUUUUUAAUACAUUAAAUAUUAUGGGUUUUUUAUUCUUAGUGCUUGAGGAUAACAAUGUUUGAUCUCAUUAUGAAUGUAUUUACAAUACAGAAAAAUGCACUGUUAUUUCAACAAGUCUUUUAAUAUUUUCUGGAUCUUGAGGCACUGAAAGGGUGAGUUCUUCUUACAUCACUUCUUUUGUUGAGGGCUCCCUCCUGUAGGCUGUUUUAUUCACUAUGGUAUUUAAACCACAGUUAAAACCCCAACUAUGUUUAAUAGAUGUGUUUGAAUGUUUUCUUUUAACUCAUACAACUUCAUUAAAAGAGUCAGAAAACCAAAUAGAAAAAUAGUCACCCCUACAACAUUGGAGUUUCAUCAUGAUUCCACUUAAGUUAUGACUAACUCUAUGCAGAUUAUGAUGUUACAAAAGCUUGCUAUCCAUUUAAUGUUAUUGUUCAAAGUAAGUGUUAUUAAUAAGGAGUGGCAGAUCCUGGCAUAUGCAAAAUCCCCAAUGUUUUAAUUUGAGAUUUUAAAACAGGACCUCUUAUAAACUUUUAAAAAGGCCACUAGAAACAACAACCAAACAACAAACAUAUUUUGUGUAUAAUGUAAUUGUACUGUUUAUGUGCAUCUUUGGCUUUGGCAUUGUAAUCUUAAUUGAUCAUUAAUUGUAAUUUAUUAUGCAGGGCAGGGGUUGGGGAAUAAUUUCUUCCCUAGAGCCUUAGGGACCUCCAUAAGACAAUUGCAGCUCUGACAACAUCACAGUACUACUAAAGGCUGUAUAACAAUACGGUUAUUUUAUUAUUAUUAUUAUUAUUAUUAUUGGAAUGUCAUCAUUAAUAACAAUAUUGUGAUAUUUAUAAAAAUGUAAUAUAUUGACUACAUUGGUUAUUAUUGCUGUGCUAAGAAAAAUGCCAUGUAGAGGAACACUGAUAAAAAUGUAACUAUGUAAAAUAAAAUACUAUAAAUUGUAAAUGAC